AUGCCGCUGAAUGGAAAUAAGGAUUUGUCCGGUGAUUUUGUGGUUAGAUCAACCAUGGGCAAGGGCUUUGACACCUUCAGGGGCAUUCUCCGGCAGCAGGGGUUGGAGAAUUUCUUUAGGGCUAGCUGCUUUGGGCCCUAUUUAGAUUUGCCUGAAGAUACCGGUGCCCGAUUUCAAAUGACAAUGGUUUCUGAGCUUUUGAAGCGUAAGAUUAUUUGUGAUAGAAAGGAUGAGAUUUGGAUCAAUUACUGUGGCAUGCCGUGGGGAAAGAGCUACACUCAAAAGAAAUUGUUGCAAGAUUUGGAGUCCAAAACAUUCUCAAAAAAGCACAAGGAGGCACCGUGCUUAGUUUGGUUUGUGCACAGUGUUCUUUGGGCAAGAGACGUAAACUACAACAUACCGCUUGGAUUGAUUAAACUUGUUGAGGACUAUGAUGCCUUCAACAACUAUGCCUGGGGUUUUCAAAGCUUUAGCUUGACUGUUGAAUAUUUGAUGAAGCAUUUGAAGCCAACGGGGAAGACACAAAACCUAUAUGGCUUCCCUUGGGCUUUCAUGGCUUGGGCAUUUGAAGCCAUUCCUCACCUCAGGCAUCAAGUCAAGGAAUACUCCGAAGAAGUUACCUAUCCAAGAAUUCUUAGAUGGCUCACUGCCAGGAACAACACAAAAUUGAGUGUUGACCUUUUCAACCCCCCUAAGGAAGCUGUAAGCAUUAGAACACAACAGAUGACUAGGUGUUGCAACAGCUUUUAUAAUCUGCUGCAACAACACAUGCAUCUGUUGCAACAAGUUACCUAUCUGUUGGAAAAUGUCCAACAGAUAAUUAACCUGUUGCAACAAGUUACCCAACAGAUAAAUCUGUUAUAA